CAUCGAGCUCCACAGACACCGGGAGGCGGACAGAGGAGGUCCCGGAGGAUGGUGUGUUUAACGUUAACGCAGUGACGUCACCAGGUGUCAGUGAUGCAGCUCCCCCUGGUGGUGACGGCUCAGGUGGACCUGGUCCUGCUGCUGGUCUCCCUGCUGUCCUUCUGGACCCGACUGAGCCACCUGAGCUACCCCAACGCUGUGGUGUUUGAUGAGGUGUACUACGGUCAGUUUGUGUCCCUCUACAUGAAGAGAGUGUUCUUCAUCGAUGACAGCGGGCCGCCGCUCGGUCACAUGAUCCUGGCCCUCGGAGCGUACCUGGGAGGAUUUGAUGGGAACUUUGUGUGGAACAGAAUCGGAGCAGAGUAUCCCAGCAGUGUGAGUGUGUGGACUCUGCGGUUGCUGCCGGCUGUGUGUGGAGCUCUCUGUGUUCCUCUGGUUUACCUGUUGACUCUGGAGCUGAGGUUCUCUCACCUGGCGGCUCUGGGAGCUGCAGCGCUGCUGCUGCUGGAGAACUCUCUGAUCGUUCAGUCCCGUUUCAUGCUGCUGGAGUCUCUCCUCAUCUUCUUCGUGCUGCUCGCCUUCUUCUCCUACCUGAGGUUCCACAACGCUGCCGACAGCUGCUUCAGAUACGGAUGGCUGCUUCUCUCUGGAGCUUCAUGUGCAGCAGCGGUCGGGGUGAAGUACAUGGGUGUGUUCUCCUACCUGCUGCUGGUGGGCGUGGCCUCUCUGCACACCUGGAACCUGAUUGGAGAGCGAACUGUCAGCCAUCUGAGUGUGUGUGUGCAGUGUGUGUGUCGGGUUGUGUGUCUCUUGGUGCUUCCGGUCCUCCUCUAUGUGUUCUGGUUCUACGUCCACCUGACUCUCCUGAACCGCAGCGGACCACAUGACCAACUGAUGAGCUCCGCCUUCCAGGCCAGUCUGGAGGGCGGUCUCUCCAGAAUCACUCAGGGUCAGCCUCUGGAAGUCGCUUACGGCAGUCAGGUGACUUUGAGAAGCUCCGCCUCCCAGCCAAUCCCCUGCUGGCUCCACUCGCACAAAGCAAACUACCCAGUCAGGUAUGAAAAUGGGCGGGGCAGCUCUCACCAGCAGCAGGUCACCUGUUACCCCUUCAAAGACGUCAACAACUGGUGGAUCGUCAAAUACCCCGGCAGACAGGAGCUGGUGGUCAGCAGUCCUCCUCGUCCUGUCCGUCACGGUGACAUCAUCCAGCUGGUCCAUGGGAUGACCUCACGCUUCCUCAACAGUCAUGAUGUAGCAGCUCCCAUGAGCCCUCACUCUCAGGAAGUGUCGGGUUACAUCGACUUCAACGUUUCCAUGGCAGCACAGAACCUGUGGAGAGUGGACAUCUCUAACAGGGAGGCGGAGUCAGAGUCCUGGAAGACGAUCCUGUCUGAGGUUCGAUUGGUCCACGUCAACACAUCAGCUGUCCUCAAGCUGAGUGGUGUGUCUCUUCCAGACUGGGGUUUCCGUCAGUUGGAGGUCGUUGCAGAGAAACUCUUUAAAGCUCACAGCAGCAGUUUGGGCUGGACCGUGGAGGAGCACCGCUAUGGAACCAGUCAGGAGCAGAAGGAGAGGGAGGCGGAGCUUCAUUCUCCGACUCAUAUUGACGUCGACAGAAAGAUUUCCUUCUGGGCUAAAUUUUUCGAGCUUCAGUGGAAGAUGCUGACGGUGAAACAGGAAGACUCUGAACACAAAUACAGCUCCUCCCCCCUGGAGUGGGUCACCAUGGAAACCAACAUCGCAUACUGGCUGCACUCCUCCACCAACGCUCAGAUCCAUCUGAUUGGUAACCCGGUGUCGUGGGGCGUGGCCAACCUCAGCCUGCUGGCCUAUCAGCUGCUGGCAACCGUCUACCUGCUGAGGAGGAGGCGGGGCCUCAGAGACCUACCUGAUGGUGUGUGGGGUCAGUUUGUGUGUCUGGGAUGUGUGUGUGUUGGUGGUUGGUUGGUGAACUUUGUUCCGUUUCUCCUGAUGGAGAAAACUCUCUUCCUGUAUCACUACCUGCCGGCUCUCUGCUACCUCCACCUGCUGAGCCCCGCCCUGCUGGAGCACACACACACCCACCUGCUCAGCAGAGCGACACACCGCCGUGCGCUGUGUGUGUGCGUGUUGGCCGUGUUGACGUCCGUCUUCCUGUCGUACCGAACCUUCAGCCCGCUGACCUACGGGAGACCAGAGCUAUCGGCCAAUCAGCUGCAAGCUCUCAAGUGGAGAGAGUCCUGGGACAUCCUGUACCGCCGCCGCUAGAGAGACAGACAGGCAGACAGACAGACAGACAGACAGACAGACAGACAGACAGACAGACAGACAGACAGACAGACAGACAGACAGACAGACAGACAGGCAGACAGACAGACAGACAGACAGACAGACAGACAGACAGACAGACAGACAGGGAGACAGGCAUGAUUUUCCCACAAUGCACUGCACAGGGAGGAGGAGUGUGACAUCACAGGCAUCACUUCCUGUUUAAACAGGUUUCUUUCUGUAUUCUAAUUAAAACACGGUUCUUUGUUUCUA